CCCCUCCCUCUUCCUUGUAUCCUCUUUGUCAGCAGCAGGCUAGCGGAGCGCGUCGAGGGCAGCUCCCUUUCUGCCCCCCACUCCUUCCUCAGUCCCACGCAGCAAACACAUUCCGCACCAUGGCUGCCACGGACGUGGACGUGUUUUCGAACGAAGAGAAGCGCAGCCUCAGCUUGGGGGGCCAUGUUGGAUUUGACAGCCUGCCUGACCAACUGGUCAGCAAAUCGGUCACACAGGGUUUUUGUUUUAACAUCCUCUGCGUAGGGGAGACGGGCAUCGGCAAGUCGACGCUAAUGAACACGCUCUUCAACACCAUGUUUGAGAACGAAGAGGCCAGCCAUUAUCAGAACGGCGUCUACCUGCGCCCGCGGACGUACGACCUGCAGGAGAGCAACGUCCACCUCAAGCUCACCAUCGUCGACACCGUUGGCUUUGGGGAUCAGAUCAAUAAAGACGACAGUUACAAGCCCAUCGUCGACUACAUCGACACUCAGUUCGAAAACUACCUGCAGGAAGAGCUGAAGAUCAAGCGCUCGCUUUUCAACUAUCACGACACCAGGAUCCACAUCUGCCUGUACUUCAUCGCCCCCACGGGACACUCGCUCAAGUCCUUGGAUUUAGUCACUAUGAAGAAACUGGACAGCAAGGUCAAUAUCAUUCCCAUCAUUGCCAAAGCAGAUACUAUCUCCAAGAGUGAGCUCCACAAAUUCAAAAUAAAGAUUAUGAGCGAGCUGGUGAGCAACGGCGUCCAAAUAUAUCAGUUCCCGACAGACGAUGAAGCAGUCAGCGAGAUCAACUCCUCCAUGAACGCCCAUCUGCCAUUCGCCGUAGUGGGUAGCGUGGAAGAAGUGAAAGUUGGCAACAAAACCGUCAGGGCCAGGCAGUACCCCUGGGGUGUUGUGCAAGUGGAGAACGAGAGCCACUGCGACUUUGUCAAACUCAGAGAGAUGCUGAUCCGAGUCAACAUGGAGGAUCUGAGGGAGCAGACCCACGCCCGCCACUACGAGCUGUACCGCCGCUGUAAACUGGAGGAAAUGGGCUUCAAAGACACGGACCCAGACAGCCAGCCCUUUAGUCUCCAGGAGACUUACGAGGCCAAGAGGAAAGAGUUUUUGGGAGACUUGCAGCGUAAAGAGGAAGAAAUGCGACAGAUGUUUGUCAAUAAAGUCAAGGAGACGGAAGCAGAGCUGAAAGAAAAGGAGAGAGAGUUGCAUGACAAGUUCGAGCAGCUGAAGCGUAUGCACCAGGACGAAAAGAGGAAAGUGGAGGAGAAGCGACGCGACCUGGAGGAUGAGAUGAACACCUUCAACAGGAAGAAGGUGGCUGCCGAGACGCUUUCCUUAUCUCAGCCGCUCAAGAAAGACAAGGACAAGAAAAACAGGUCUGUAAAGACGGAGAACCAGUCAGCCGUGAGCGCCUCCAACUCCAAGGUGAUGAUGGCCAAGGCCAACGUGGAGCCCUUGAACUGCCAAAGCUGGUGGCAGGCCAUACAGUGCUGUACCUGCCUGGUCCACAACGCCGCCUGGAAGCCCGGAGGCCUCUUCUGACGGCCGGGGCUGAGCGCGGGGUCCCGGCCGAGGCCAGCGGACGGAAGGAGGUGAGGGUGGUUGCAGACCAGCAAGGCGUGGAACUAGGACAGGACGGGAGGAAGCAGAAAUGUUAGCGCAUGAUGUCAUUGUUGUCUUUGUCAGCCCCCGGUUUGUCAACAUCACAGCUUUAGGCCCGACUACAAAUCAGCACCAUGUUUGUAUCGUAUCGUACGUGCAGUGCUUUUCUGUGCUCCCCUUUUGUCGGCAGGAACCUUCACUACACACCCGAGAAGUAACCAAAAUCACAAGAUUCUGGAUAUUUUGGUAGACAAACACCACCUUCAUCAAACAUCUUUAAGGAGUUGCUUUGUUUGUGUUUGUAGCAACAACGAGCCACGGUCACGUCAUGCGUGGAAUUUAGUGCUUUGCUCGGGAAAACAUAUUUUUUUGGACGAAAUCUGCCUUUAAAAAAAGAUGGCUGGGACGCUAAAGCAUAUUAUUGUUGUCAUGGUGACGUGUCUGUGACAAAAACAAUUGAGGGGAAAAAAGAAUCAUUCAGUCCAAAGUAUUUAUUUGAAGAUAUUUAUUAUAUAUAAGAAAAAAGAAAAUGUCUUUAUUUUUUAUCAUUAUUAUUUUUUUAACUGUUAUAUUGUGUCUCUUUAUAUGAAAGUCUUUGUAAUAAUGAAGUGUUGGGGGGGCGGUACAUUAGUGACAUGCCUCAACAAUACCAUGCUGCUUUUCCUCUGCACAGGAACGCCUCGUCUUUUGCCAACAAUCCCAAAAAAAAAAACCAAUGGUCGCCAAUGAGCUCGGAGUUAUCCGAGAGAAGACUGAGGGCAGCAAAGUGGAGUUUAUGGUGUAGAUAACAUUAGCCAUGCGUGUUUACUUUAGUCAUUUUUAGCUGUGCACCCUGAAAAGCUACAAUGACAAAUGUGCUCCAGUAGUAGCGGCACACAGUAGAGAUGGGCGAUACGGCCAAAAUCGGUAUCGCGAUAUAUAUUGCAGCCUCCUGCGAUGACGAUGUAUAUCAUGAAAUGUUAUUUGGUGUAUAAAUGACAUUAGGACCAUUUCAAAACGGGUUACAAAUGUAGCUCCCGACGUCCGAGGUAACAUAUUGCAUCAUUUCCAGUUAUUAUUUUGUCAAAACUAGUAUUAAACUGCUUGAUAAUUUACUGUUAAUAUCUGAUUAAUUUAUGUUCUAUUAACCACCUUCUGUUUUGCUUUUGGGCAAUACUACAAAUUUGUGUAUCGAUCCGAUACUAAGUACUGGUAGUUACAGGGGCACUAUAAGUCAUACUAAUAGCCCAUUGCCUCCCUGCUUGGCACU